CUUAUCGAAUGCGGCGAAAACAUUCUAAUCUUCGAAAUAGACAGGUGUAGACAGUUAUGGAGUUACUUACAUUUUUGUUGAUUUUCAUUUGUCUUUCUCUCAUAGUAGGCUUCGUUUUAUUUAUGCUUUACGCUGACGCUGAUUUAACACUUUUAUAUUAUCAUUCUUUAAAUCGCCCAAGAGAUUUCCACAAUAAAGUUGUUUGGAUAACUGGAGCUUCGAGUGGUAUUGGGGAGCAUCUGGCUUAUGUGCUGGUAAAAUUAGGGGCAAAAUUAGCUCUGUCCGGCGUAAAUAUCGAAAGAUUAACCUCUGUAGGUAAACGUUGUAAAGAAAUAUCAAAUUGUGCGGCAGAAGACAUCCUAUUAGUGCCAUUUCAAAUAAACAAGUUUGAAGAUCACGAUGAAUGUGUGAAAAAAGUUUUGGAUCAUUUUGGCCAAAUUGAUAUACUUGUGAACAAUGCUGGAAUUUCACAGCGAGCUGAUUUUGCUGACGUCGACAUAGCAGUUGAUCAACACGUUUUUAAUAUAAAUGUUUUUGGAGCUGUCCAUCUAACCAGGAAAGUUCUCAAGCAUCAUUUCUUGGAACGCAAGAAAGGUCAUGUAGUUGUUACAAGCAGUAUCACAGGAAAAUUAGGAGCACCAUUCUCUUGUUCAUAUACUGCAUCAAAACAUGCUCUCCACGGAUAUUUUGAAUGCUUAAGAAAUGAAACGUUGGAUGAAAACAUAAAGGUUACUCUGGUGUGUCCUGGUCCAGUUUUUUCUGGUUUAGUUGAGAGGUGUGUUACGGGAAAUGGAGAGAAAUAUGGGCAUAAGCAACAGCCAACUGAUAAAAAAAUGUCGACUGAACGGUGUUGCGAUUUAAUAGCUACAGCCAUUGCUUAUCAGUUAGACGAAUGCUGGAUAUCUAUGCAGCCAAUUCUUUUUACCUAUUAUAUGGCACAAUAUAUUCCCACCAUAUUUAGAACAUUCAUAGGAAAGUUUCUCUUUAAUAAAGAAAGAGUUAUGAAGAUGAGACAAGGCCGUUGAAAUUAUACCUAUUAACUGUUCAAUGUAUGCCUUUUAAUUAGUGACUUUUUUACCAAUUAUUUAUUGAGCAUAUGCAUUUUGAUUUCUGAUAUUAUAUCAUUAUUUAUUGACAUUAUGCCUGUUGAUUACUGACAAUAAACUUUUUAAAUAUUGACAUUAUAUUAUUUAAAUAUCUAACUGACAUUACAUCUGAUGCGGAGUUUUUUUUCAUAAUUUUAUUUUUCUGUGUAAUUAUAUCAAUUCUGUUAAACUCUGUCAGUCUGUAGAGUUUUAUGCCUUUCGUUAUGUUAUUUUUCUGUUAUAUUUAUAUUCUCAUUU